AUGACUUUAUCACAGCCGGGGUCGGCGGAAAAAUCUGUCCGUAAAAUUGACAUUGCACAGGUUUCUCUUAGUCUGCAAGAUCGAUUGGGCCUCGCAAAACUCAAGUACCAGCAUGGUCGACUGCAUGGCCUGAACCCGAACCAGCAGGAGACCAAGCCUGCUCUGGAGAAUGACAAGCCAUCCGAUUCUUCCUCCGAGUUCUCGCGCAGUCGCUGCGAGACUCCCUUUACCUCCCCUCCUCUCCGGGCCUCCACCUACUCCAAGGAACUCCCUCGAUCUGCCCGCAACAAACAUGCAGCCACCUUCAACUCUCGCGUCAUGCAGCCGAUGCUCUCUGCCAGUCGCAAGCGCCUUCGCUCCGAUUCUGACUCGGAACGUUCUGCCAAGGCCCCCCGGACCUCAUGGAAGAGUUCUUACCGGCUCCCCGAAUCCUCCCCAGGAAUGAACCGACCCCUCACAAAUCGACGCCCCAAUACCUCCUUUAUGUCCGAGGCUACGAUCCCAGAACUUUCGUCCCCUGUAUAUAACAGACCGUCGGAGGAGAUCGACCCCGACUUGCCCUUGCACAGCUUCCAGAAUAUGAGCUCCAUGGUGGGCUCCUCCCCUCCGCGAACCCCUCCGCCGAAACACAUGCGCCUGCCUCACGGCCAACACCAACCCAAUGAGAAUGGUGCCGACCUGCUGUUAUACCUGGCCAACUCCCCGACCCCUGCCCGGGUUGCAAGGGGCAACGGAAACCAAGGCUUCCCACCGUCCACUCCCCCCAGCCAGCACACGGUCCUACCUGGCAUGACUCCCACCCUCGGUGGAGGCAUGUUUGCCAACAUGAGCACUCCGAACCAGCAGUUCAAUUUUGCCGACUUCGUGAAUGUGACUCCUAGCCCCGCACAACCGGCUUGGGGUAGCCGCACCCCUGGGAACCCCAUUCGCACACCCCUCGUCAACACAGAUGCCAGGAAGCGAUUGAACUUUGAUGCUCUGGUUCCUCCGGGCUCCUCCAACAAUCGACUCCGUGGCAAGGAGACCGGGCUGGCCCUGCAGCUGGGUGGUGAACUGCACCCUUGA